AUCACCCCGACCCACUGAAUAGACGGCACCUCAAGAUAUGUGGUCGCAGCCAGCUCGGGGCGGGGCUGACCCGCCCAGUCCGGAUGAUUGGGAAACGCUCUUUGAUUCGGGUCAGUUGGAAAGCCAGCUCAACGGUUUACGUGUCAGCAAACCCGUCCAAUCUGGAGGUGGUCAACCGACGUUGAGCGGGUAUUACGCCCCGAGCGGCUAUCAACCGGCCGGCUAUGGGCCACCCCCGGGGGCGGGUGGACUGCUGCCCACGCCUAAUCCGGCCCUCAUGCUACCACCGCCCGUGUACGGUCGGCGGAAUGCCGGUGGCCAUCCUUACUCUCGCCCUCCUCCGCCCAUUGUCCGGGCUGGCGUAUCUUAUCCGACCCCGAUCGCGCCCUACCCGUCAUCGCCCCGUUUGGCCUCGACCAGUGGGUCGGGGCCGUCCGGGGCGGGGCCGGGUUCCCUGUCGAUCGUGGCCCGACCACAAAUCCUCGUCCGGCCCUCCGGUGAUAAUAGUCUUCAUACUGAAUACCAGCCGCCCGAACCCAAGCUCAAGAUCUUGAAGCGUCCUUCCAGCUCACCCAGCAAUUUAGCGGCUCAAGGCGGAGCUGCGGCCAAUGCGGUCUCGGCCAAGCCCAAGUCGCUCAAGCAGCGUGAGGAAGAGUACGCCCAGGCUCGACUCCGGAUUUUGGGCUCGCGUGGCGAGGCCAGUGAAGAGACUGAAGACUUUGAGACGCUGAACGGACAUAGUGACCCGGGUUCGCCGCUGUCAAGCGUGUUGCCCACUUUUCCCCCGCCCACGGAGAGCCUCAAUGCCAUUACCCGGGCGCCCAAAGGUCCGGAUGGGACCAAGGGAUUUCAGGCCAGUCGGUAAAUUGGCCAUGGUGGAUCAAUGGCACAUGGACCCUCGCGCUCAACUAAAAUGUGAUUCAAUUUUUUAAGUAAACAGACUCGGGACCACGAAUCCCUCGUUGGCUCCGUUCGAAGUGCAAAGUGAAAGCGAUGGUGUCCUGACUGACAUGGCUUCACCCCCUCGGUCGGGUUCAUAGCCUGGCGGGGCCACCCAGAACCCGCUUCCCAUCGAUCACAAUCUUAUGCCUCGAUUCUAUUGCCCACAUUUGUGUUGCCUUUUUUUCUUUGUGAAAACCAACAAUAAAAACUUCUUACAUUCGCCCAUAGAACACCCGAGAGUUCUCGGCCCAUAAAUAUACAGUACAUGGUACCACUUACCGUAUCUUCCGUUCUCCAUUCUUUGUUCAAGA